UUAAGGCGAAAAGAAGGAACGAAAGAGAAAGAGGCUUUAGUCUUAAGAUAAUCAUGAUGGCACAGAGACUUUUUCAUUGUGUGUCUCAGCAGGCUUGGUGAUCAGUUUAAACUGGGAAGCGGAGUUGAUGCUACAGCCAUUGCGGGUGAGAUGGUGAGAGGGGGGAGGGAGUGAGGUCAUGGGCUGCACCUCGGCUAAGCAGGUGUCGGCUGUGCCCAACGACGAAGAGGGCCGGGGCAAAGCCUACAGCAACGGAGACCUCUCUGAUGAAUAUAAGAUGAAGGGAGUGGAGGAAGUAAAGUACAUGCAAGGAGAAGAAGACAGAGUAAACGCACGCAACCAGGAGAACUUGGAGAAGAGCUCGACGCAGCACAGGACCAAACAGCACAAAGAGGUGCCUGGGCCCAGUGCCAACAAGACGAACAUACAUACGUCAGAGAGUCAGCAGGAGUUCUUCAGAAUGCUGGAUGAGAAGAUUGAGAAGGGGCGGGACUACUGCUCAGAGGAGGAGGAUGUGACAUAGCAGAAAGGCGCCAGAUCUUGCCAGAGAUGGAAAUAGAGUGUGAACUCAAAAAAAUCAGUGUUUCCUAUGUCUGUAACACUCUGUUGAUCUGAGAGCGAAUGUGCGUGCGAGUGUGUGAGAGCGUGUGCUUGUGAGAGCGAGAGAAUGCAGGACUUUUCCUCAUAGGCUGUUGCAUCCUUGACCCUUUCUCCUCUCUUGGGGUUGCCUUGCUUGGAGAUCUAGAUUAUUUUGGGUGAAGAAAGAACAGCUCGAUUGAUGUGUUAACACAGACUCACUCUGACAUGAAAUGAGGACCCCUGUCCCCCUCCGCUCCUCUCCUCCUACGGCCAGUAUUGAAAUGGCCCCCUUCCUCUGCCUAGCUAUGACGAUGCCAUCUGAGAGAGAGAAAGAGAGAUCAUGUCAAGGAAAGCGAGAUGAAAGGAUAUGGAGAGAAAAAAAGAUGCCCCUCCCAGUCCUUGUUUUAAGUGGCAGGCCAGAGAAAAGUGACAUAUGGAGGAACAAGAAGAGAGCUUACGAACAACCUCUGGAGAUAACGGGGAGUCAGUUUAAAAUGGAGUGUUGUGGGUUUUUGGGGGGAGAACUGAUUGAACAAGAGAGAUAUUUUAUGAAGAGUGGCUAUAUGAAUGAACUGGCUGAUUAUUUUGAUAUUUUGAUGAGAGCGUCGUUUUUGAACAUUUGAGUCUGGACACUGCCUUUUGAAGGACUUUUUAAAAAUUUGUUGA